CGGCAACUUCAACCUUCGAAGAGCUUCUGCUGCAUAGCAAAUUUUGCUACAACCACCUCUUCUUUCCCGCCCCCAAUUUUGCGAUUCGGCUGGGGAAAUCACACUCGAAUUUCACGCCCACGGAAACGUCAACUAGACUUCCCACUGUUUCGUGUGCGAACGCCAGCUGGAGAAACCCCUCCAUCGUCUCUCACCUGCGAUACGGAUACCCCACACUUUGGUUCUGCAGUAGAGUACCGUUGCCGCCGCCAUGUCUACGCCAGAGGAAAAGGCGACAGCCUUCAAGAACGAAGGCAACAAGGCCUUUGCUUCCCACGAUUGGCCCGCUGCUAUCGAGCUCUACACCAAGGCCAUUGAGCUUAACGACAAAGAGCCAACGUUUUUCACCAACCGCGCCCAGGCAAAUAUCAAGUCUGAAGCAUUCGGCUAUGCUAUUGCGGAUUGUUCGAAGGCGAUCGAGCUCAACCCCAACUUUGUUAAGGCAUACUUCCGCCGCGGCCUUGCCCAAACCGCCAUUAUCAGACCAAAGGACGCUCUCGGCGACUUCAAGAAGUGUAUAGCACUCGACCCAAACAACAAGGAUGCUAAGUUGAAGCUGGACGAAUGCAGAAAGAUUGUUCGCAAGUUGGACUUCUUCGCCGCAAUCGAAGUUGGUGACGAGCCGUCAGCUGCGGAAGGCCUUGAUCUUAGCACCAUCAGCGUUGAGGACGACUACGAUGGCGUCAGAUUAGGAGAGGAGAUGACGCAAGAGUUCAUUGACGACAUGACGGAGCGCUUCAAGAACGGCAAGAAGAUCCACAGGAAAUACGUCUACCAAAUCAUCCUGGCCGUCAAGAAGCUUGUCUAUGACGAGCCGACUAUGGUGGAGAUGAAAAUCCCCGAGGGCACACAACUCACAGUCUGCGGUGACACACACGGGCAAUACUUUGAUCUCAUGGAGCUUUUCCGUCUCAACGGAACGCCCAACGACAAGCACUUCUACCUCUUUAAUGGUGACUUUGUCGACCGUGGAUCAUGGUCUUGCGAAAUCGCUCUUCUGCUCUACGCAUACAAGUGGCUCCGACCUAACGCUUUCUUCCUGAACCGUGGUAACCACGAGACCGAUGACAUGAACCGUGUGUACGGUUUCGAGGGCGAGUGCAAGGCGAAGUACAACGAGAGGAUAUUCAAGCUCUUCUCAGAGAGUUUCUCGGCUUUGCCCCUGGCAACUCUGAUCGGCACCAAGUACCUCGUGCUGCACGGUGGUCUGUUCUCAGACGACAAGGUCACUUUGGACGACAUCCGAAAGCUCGACAGACACGCCCAGCGCCAGCCUGGCCAGGCGGGUCUCAUGAUGGAAAUGCUAUGGACGGACCCCCAAGAGGAGCCCGGCCGUGGCCCGAGCAAGCGCGGUGUUGGCAUGCAGUUCGGCCCCGAUAUCACCAAGAGGUUCUGCGAGAACAACGGUCUCGAGGCCGUCAUUCGCAGUCACGAAGUUCGCAUGGAUGGCUACGAGGUGCAGCACGACGGGCGUUGCAUUACUGUGUUCUCCGCGCCAAGAUACUGCGACUCCACCGAGAACAGGGGAGCAUACAUCAAUGUAGGCCCCGAUUACAAGCUCGACUUCAAGCAGUUCGACGCCGUUCCUCACCCGGAUAUCAAGCCUAUGGCGUAUGCCCAGAGUUCUCUCAUGUCUUCUCUGAUGUAGUUUGAUGAUAUGCGGACGGCCGUCCCUAGAGUAUGAGAAGGUAUAGUUUGCAUCCGCAGCAUACAUGGUGCAUGUGAUCGGCGCAUAUAAGGGGCUGGGUGGCAGCGUGGGUUUGGCCAUGCGGAUAAAUCGGAGUUCUUGCCCUGCGGGCGCACACCAUAACCUCGAAUCUAGAAUAAUACGACGGUUGGGUGUUUGGCCAAAAGGAUGACCAGUUAUUAUUUUCGUUCUCCGUAGCUCUACCGAGGUGUAGGCUCAUGACGACCAUAGCUUGUCCUGGCCAUCAGUGCCGACGAUAGCGCCCAAGUAGUCGGAGCACUGCUUCACCCGGAGAACUCGCCGGCUUCCCUGGUCCGAAACGCCUGCCCACGCCGUGAUCGCGGCGGCGAAGGGGCUAAGAUCCUGCCGAGGCACGCGCAGCCAGCACUUUGCGCCCUCGACUUUGAGUAUAUCGAUGGGAAUGGCGGAGCCUGUUGCGCCCAGGAAUUGGGCGAGAGCAGCAUUGCAAUAGGAGCGUACUUGAAGAUUGUCCAGUUCCAAUGCUUCUUGUGUUGUCGGAGACUCGGAGAUGAGUUCCAAAUGAGUGUAGGAGAAGAUCGG